ACCGCAUCAAUCUUCGCCGCGAGGGAACGGAAUGGCAGGAGCCGGACAGGACCGGUGCACAGUGAGAAUGAGAACCGCUCUGAGCCCAGAGACAUACCGUCAAAACAAGAACCAGCUGGCAUUUCUCUCUGCCUCCCUACUUAUGUAAUAUAAUAUGUCAAGCUAGCGGACCGUGUCCUUCUUCUCCCGAAACGUGUCUCUUCUCCGCUGAAAGCGUAACAACAGCUGCCCUUGUCGUUGCACAGACGGGGAUGUCAACACCGCAAGAUGGUCCGCAUAGCGAGCGUCCUGGGUUUGAUGAUGUUCAGUGUCGCUCUGCUCAUACUCUCAUUGAUCAGCUACGUGUCAAUAAAAAAAGAUUUUCUCUUCAUGACACCCAAAUAUGCAAAUUCAGGUGGGCCUCGGAUGUAUAUGUUCCAUGCGGGAUUUCGGUCUCAGCUGGCCAUGAAGUACCUGGACCCGGCCUUCACCCCUCUGACCAAGGCCCUGAACGAGGGCCUGCAGGAGAACGCCUCCAAAUGGCGCUAUAACAGAACGGCAUUCACAGACCAGAGAAAAGAGAUCUCUCAGCAUAUCGACAUCGCCCACAACUUCACCCUGACCCGGAGCAGCGUGCGCGUGGGUCAGCUGAUGCACUAUGACUACUCCAGCCACAAGUACGUGUUCUCUAUCGGAGAGAACUUCAAGUCCCUGCUUCCCGAGGCCUCCCCCAUCGUCAACAAGCACUACAAUGUGUGCGCCGUGGUGGGGAACAGCGGCAUUCUCACAGGGAGUCGCUGUGGUCCCGAGAUCGAGAAGUUCGACUUCGUCUUCCGCUGCAACUUCGCUCCCACUGAGAUCUUCCGCCGGGACGUGGGGCGGAGGACCAACCUCACGACCUUUAACCCCAGCAUCCUGGAGAAGUACUACAACAACCUGCUGACCAUCCAAGACAGGAACAACUUCUUCCUGAGUCUGAAGAAGCUGGACAGGGCCAUACUCUGGAUCCCUGCCUUCUUCUUCCAUACCUCGGCCACGGUGACCAGGACACUGGUCGACUUCUUUGUGGAGCACAGAGGACAGCUGAAGGUUCAGCUUGCCUGGCCUGGCAACAUCAUGCAGUACGUCAACAGGUAA